CAUUCUUUUAUCUCGCAGCUUCUAGUGUCGACAGAUAUCUAGUCUAUCAUACACUCUUUCACAGUCACCCACCAACCUCAAUCAAACCCACCAAACAAAAACGAUGCUUUUCACCAAGGUCUUCCUGCCUCUCACGGCUCUUCUGGCAACUGCCUCAGCCGCCCCCGCACUCCCCGACGAAGACUCCUCCCCCCUGCUCUCCUUCCCCUCCUCCCUCCCCCCUUCCUUCGACCCCUACAGCGACACCACCCCCAUCCCCACCGACAUUGACCUCUCCACCUCCUUCAACACCUCCACCACCACGCUACUAGAAACCCGGGACCAAGCCACGUACAAGGGCCCCUACACGUACACGACGCACUACUGCGGUGCCCCGCGCUCGUGGGCCACCCUGAGCGCCAUCCACGACGGCGUGAGUUAUCUGUACGGCCUAAAGGGACAGCCGCGCUUGGGCGCCAACAAGUGCAGUCGCGUGAGCUGUAGUUGGAAUUCGGCCAUAGUUGUUUGUAAUGAUAACAACCACGACAUCACUUUGCGGUCCUGGGGUAGUGUCGCCGAGGCUGCCUCCUUCGUUACGAGCAAGUGCUUCAAGUACAUGGGUGGCCAGACGCGCAUUGGUGGCCAAGUCUAUUUCAAGGAGAAGUGGACUGUGUUUAUUACGGUGAACAAGUGCUAGCCUUGUUUAGUGGGAGGUCUGCUUUGUCGAAUGGAGAGUGGUAACGAGGCCUUGGACUGCUGUUUCUUUGGGUUCCAAUCUGUUUUUUUCCCUUCACACA